AAAUCCAUGCAUGUCUAAUUACUAAUUAUUAUCAUCCCCACUAUUUUAAUUAUUCUCUCAUUCUUCUCUAUAUAAUAAUAUUACACCUCUCCAACUUUUCUCCCUUUUUCUUUGUUUACUUCAUUAGUUCAUUUACUAUUUCCAUAUCUCUCUCUCUCUAGAUUCUCUCACUUCACCGCAAAGCAUCUCAGAAACAUUACUUCCCUCAGACUUCAUCCUUCUUUGACGUAACUCACAAAAGGGUUUCAUUAUUUUCAAUUUUUCUCAAUCUUUCUUGGUCUUUUAUGCAAGUUGUAGUCGUAAAAAUUGAAUCUUUACACAAGAUCAUUACAAGAAAGCGUUCAAACUUGCUGUUUUUGAGUAGUUGGAAAUUCUUAUUAUAAUACUUUAUUCAAUUUAUGGAGAUGUAGAUGUCCAAUCACACUUCUUGGAUUCUGGUCAAUAGUAAUAAUAUUUCCACCCCCUCUCUCUCUCUCAAUCCAUAUCAAAAAAUUCAAUCUUUUUCUUGUCAGAUAUUAGUACAAACCAUAUUUACCAGAAAAAAAUUCAAUCUUUUUAGAAUUUAGAGAGAGAGAUAGAUGCAAGAAUGGAGGGAUAUGUUCAUCAGCUUCUAACAAACCCUAAUUCAGAUAUGGAAGACUCCCCAAAUGAGAAGGAAUUGGAGGCGGGGGCCACCACGAGCUCCGGCGGCAGCGGGCGGCGGCCCAGGGGGCGGCCGCCGGGAUCGAAGAACAAGCCGAAGCCGCCGAUUGUGGUGACACGUGACAGCCCCAAUGCGCUGCGGUCGCACGUGCUGGAGGUCGCCUCGGGAAACGACGUCGUCGAGAGCGUCGGCAACUACGCGCGCCGCCGAGGGAGGGGCAUCUGCGUCCUCAGCGGCGGCGGCACGGUGGCGAACGUGACUCUCCGGCAGCCUGCGGCGGCGGGGGCGGUGGUGACUUUGCACGGCCGUUUUGAGAUUCUGUCGAUUUCGGGCACGGUGCUGCCGCCGCCGGCGCCGCCGGGGGCGGGGGGUUUGUCGAUUUUUCUCUCCGGCGGGCAGGGGCAGGUGGUUGGGGGGAUCGUGGUGGCGCCGCUCGUGGCGUCGGGGCCGGUGGUGCUGAUGGCGGCGUCGUUUGCGAAUGCGGUGUUCGAGCGCCUGCCCUUGGAGGAGGAGGAGGAGGGCGGCGCAGCCGCGGCAGCGGCGGCGCCGAGCGCGUCUCAGUCGUCUGGGGUCACGGCGGGCGGCGGCGGCGGUGGGGAUGGAUCUUUUUUGAAUUCCGGCGGGGGAGGGGGGAAUAACGCGGCGGCGCAGCCGGGGAAUUAUCCGUUUUCGGCGGAUCUUUUCGGAUGGGGCGGGGGAGGAGGAGGAGGCGGCGGCGGUGGGGGUGGUUCGGGGGGGUUUUGAUGAUGAAUGCAAUGUUUUAUUUCAUGUGGAGGAUUUGGGGGAAAUGGGAUGGAGAAGAGGUGUUUUUUGAUGCAAAUGAAGAGGAUGAUGAAUGUGGAGGUGAGUGUAGGUUGCACUUUGUGCUUAGAUAGUGGUACUGUUUGGACAUAUUUUGGUGAUGCUUCUGACUAAUGUUUUGAUUUACAUCAGUUGCAAAGGGCACAUUUUGUUUACUAGGAUUCUAAUUUGGCUUUGGCAGUAGCAUAUUUGAUGUAUCUCGGAUAUUACUAAUACUACUACUUUGCAUGUCUAUUGAGUUUCCAUUUCUUUUGUUGUCA